UUCGCGAGAGAAAGAGAGGUGAUGGAAGCGAACGGCGACGACGAUGAGCAGCCACGAAAGAACACACCUUUGCAGCGGAGUUCGAUUCUUCUUAUUCUUCUUCUUCUGUUAAUCUCUUUGUGCACGACGAGUGUCUCUGGUUCUGUAGACGAAUCUGGAGGAAGAAGAAGAGUGAUCGAAGCGAGAAGUGGACAAGACUUGGUCUGGGUGGUGCAGCUCUCAGAUCUUCAUUUCAGCGUUCAUCAUCCCGAGAGAGCUAUCGAUUUCAGAGACACAGUUGCCCCUGCUCUCUCUCUCAUCAACCCUUCUCUCGUCCUCAUCACCGGCGACCUCACAGAUGGGAAGAGUGAAGACUUGUUAACAAUGAAGCAAAACGAACAAGAGUGGUUAGAGUACUCGAGUGUGAUGCGAGAUGUCGUCAAGAGAAGUGGGUUGAACAAGACCAUCUUCUAUGAUCUUAGGGGUAACCACGACAACUUUGGUGUUCCUUCUCUUGCUUCAUCCGUUGAUUUCUUCUCAAAGUAUAGCAUCAAUGCACAGUUGGGAAGGAAAGAGAAUAUCAACACCAUUACUCUCGAGACUAGUGAACGUAAACAUCUGUUCGUUGGUGUUGACACCACGAUGGAUAUUGGACUACGAGGCCCGACUAAUCUCUUCGGCCACCCAACCGAUGAGCUUCUAACCUCGCUUGACUCGCACUUAUCGCAAUGGGACGACGAAGACGAGAAGAAGCCAGCAAAGCCUGUGACAAAGAUAUCGUUCGGGCAUUUCCCUUUGUCCUUCUCAGCUUUGUCGCGUUCUAAAAAGAGCCUUAGAGAUGUUUUCUUGAAGCACUCCGUCUCUGCUUAUCUCUGCGGACAUCUUCACUCGAGGUUCGGCAAGAACCUCAAAAGACUCCACUCUGGUGGUGGUGUCGGUUUCUCGGAUAACGACUUGUUUCAGCUGAACAUGAGGCGGAGCAGCGGCGGUGAGGAGAGCGAUACGAACUGCUCCUUCGGAGCCUCCCCGGCUGCUGAGUUCUGGGAGUGGGAGAUGGGUGACUGGAGGAAAAACAGAGCGGUCCGGAUCGUGGCAAUCGAUAGAGGUCAUGUCUCGUACCUUGAUAUCGACUUAAAGUCAAAUGAUGCACACAAGACUAUUAUAUUACCUACCUUCCCGUUAGAUUCACGUUUCAUGUCAACGUCCUUAGCACGCCACAGAUACGAAUGCCAACACAUGAUCUCCUCAUCUUACGACGCGAUCAGAGCCAUUGUGUUUUCUCGUUCUAUAGUUGUUGACGUUGUGGCUAGAGUCUAUGACUGGAGCCCUGGAUUUGACAAUCUCGUCAUGGAAGCUCCGAUGAGAAAACACGGUGACGAUUCUUCUUCGGGAGGAGCGUCGUUUUAUUCGCUCCCGUGGAAUUACAGAGCCUUUGAAGAUCCUUUGCCUGAUAGGUUUUGGCUUCAGAUAGAAGUGACUGACAUCAAAGGAAGAUCGACUUUAUCUGAGAUGAGGCCGUUUUCGAUCAACGGUCUGAGCUCUGAAGUCUCGUGGACAUGGAACGAGUUUCGUGUCAUGGGAUGCCAGUGGGCGGCGUUGUAUUUCCCUAUUCUAUGGUCUGUGCUGUGCUGUUUGUUGAUGGCUUUACUCGUACCUAAAUGCAUCAUCGUUGUUUUCAAGAAGCAGUACACUCUCAAGAAGUUCGUCGCCAAGAAAGGAUUAGUCACGUUUGUGCUGUGGAUUCUCCAAGACCUCUGCAGACUCCCUGUGGUUUGGUUCGGUUACGUGGCGUAUUUGUUUUAUCUCGUAUUCUUCCCUUGGUUCUCCGGUGAAGUGUUUACUGAUUCCGGGAAGAGAACGUACAUGACUAUUAUGGGGUGGGUGGUCACGAGCUCAGAUAGGAAACAUGAGUACGUUGGAGAGCCUGAUGUAAUGGUUCUGGUGAUUCCGCAUCUGGUUUUCGUUGUCAUCCCGAGUUUGUUGAUCGUGUGUUGUUUAGUUGCUGAGAGAGAACUCUAUAAAGAGCACGUUAGAGCUGUUUCUGGUAAGAAGGAAGAUGACCAUGACAGGGGAAGGAAGAAGAGAUGGCAACGGCGAUCUGUGUUGUUCUCUAAGAGGAGACUGGUUCGGAAGACGCUUUUGUUAGCUUCAUUGGCUCUGUACUGGAAGCAUUUCAAGAAUUGCUGGAGUCUAGCUAGAGCUUAUGAGAUGAAUGUGGUUCAUUUUCCAGGUUACAGUCUUGUGGUUCCUUUGCUGCUACUUUAUGUUAUUUGCAAAACUCAUAGAGCUCCAUGAGAGAAACAACAAACAAUCUUUUGACAGUUUUCCUCACUUAUCUUAUCGAAAAAGGAGCAACUAAUUGUUUUG